AUGGUGUUGGUGGAGGAGUGUGGAGGUGUGUGUGAGCCAAGUCAGGGGGUAGCCCCAGGCAGACAGGGGGAGAGAAGGAGGCCAUCUCCCCAGGGUGUGCUGCUAUCUCUAGGCUUGGUGAUGAUGGUAGGAGGGUGCAGCAUUCUAGCUGUGUGUGUGUUUAUUACCAACAUAACAUGUUAACUAAGUUGUAUGUAGAUGGUGUCCUGGCUUACUGUGUGUGUGUGUGUGUGUGUGUGUGUGUUUUAUUUCUUUUAUUUAACCUUUAUUUAACUAGGCAAUUCAGUUAAGAACAAAUUCUUAUUUACAAUAACGGCCUACUGUGUGUAGGUAGUAGGGGGGUUCCUGACUCUGCAAGGUCCAGCCCUCUGGCUGGGGGUGCUGAUGGCUGUUACCGGAGCAACACUGACCAUCGCGGGACUCUGUAUUGUCAUGACAACGCUACAGGUGUUGGAUGUACCUGGACACUUCCUGUUACACCCCCGCACAGGAACACGCUACAGCCCACACCAGGCCCUGGCCAUCCAGAGGUAAACACACACACACACAGGGCUGUUACGGGCUGUAAUACCGCCACACCGGCAGUCAUGAGUCAUUACCGCAGUAAAAUUCCACGUGACCGUUGAGUCAUGGUAAUCUCCUCUUAUGCACUCCUUGUGUUAUUGUCUAUUUUUCUAUUAUUUAUUGGGGGGGUUUCUCUGCAUUGUUGGGAAGGGCCCGUAAGCAUUUUACUGUUAGUCUUCACCUGUUGUUUACGAAGCAUGUGACAAACAACAUUGUAUUUGAUUCGAUUUGAUUUUACAUGCAUUGGUAGGACCCAACACACUAACGACCAUCAGGUCCUAAUGGCCUGGUACUCUAUUGUACCUCUAAACACUCUGAUAUCAAUGCAAAUGCAAUCGAAAAUCACAUCAAACUCAUCAUCAAAACAGUAUUGUGCUUUUAAAACUCACCUCACUGUGAUUGAUACAUUUGAAGAAAGAAGUUCAACAACGGGUUGAAACUGAGUGGAAAACAUGGUUCUUGUGGAUGUGGUUUCAAAGCUUAACACAACAAAAUGGACAGCCCUUUUUACGGUGAUGAUUAAUUCAAAACACCAAUACGCAUAUUAGAGCUUAUGCAUACACAUAGGCCUAUAUAUGAGCCCAAGCCUGAACCCCCCCCCCCCCCAAAUUAAAAUAAUGAUUGUGCCGUUCGUUAUACAAUACAUAGCCUACUGCAUAUUACGCACGGCAGAAAAACAUACAACUAAACAGAUUUAAGAUGUCUUUGGUACAUAAUUGUUCUAGCCAAUACUCCAAAAUCAAACAAAUUCCAGUAAUCGCCUUUGAGUGUGGACUGUAUUAUUAUGCAUACUGGAUGGACUGGUUACCUUAUGCUACACUCCAAAGUUUCUAUUCAUGAGUCUAGGAGAGAACGUAUAGGCCUAGGCGAUGCUGUUGGUUAAUUGAUUGUGCAGGGUGGCUUACAGAGUUAGCCUACAAUUAUAGUGAAUUUGUAUUGGAUUUUGCAUAGCAUAUUAAUAGGACAUUUUCCUUUCUCGAGCGCGCAGAGGGGCUGUCAACAGUUUAAUGAAAUAUGUUUCGUUGUGAAAACAUGUUACGAACAGAUUUCACUUGGUUUCCCAAAUUAAGCACUGGGUAGCUGCAGGAACAGGGUUUGAGAGCCCAUGGCAUACAGAGUUUGGGGCGGAAUAUCCCCUGUCGCGCAGCGAGACGCUGCAUGCGCCUCAAACAGUGGUUGAUGCAAAGAUUAAAAUAACCCAAGUAGCUUACCCUUCAUGAUUGAAAAACAAACCUGCGGGAAUGUGUCCUCCAUUCGCUAUUUGAGUGCAUACAGAGUGAAUGUAUUUUUUCCUCUGCCCGUUCCUGCCCAUUUGAUAAUGGGCCAUUCUAAAUCGAAACUAAUUUUACAUUUACAUUACAUUUUAGUCAUUUAGCAGACGCUCUUAUCCAGAGCGACUUACAGUGCAUACAUUUUCAUACUGGCCCCCCGUGGGAAACGAACCCACAACCCUGGCGUUGCAAGCGCCAUGCUCUACCAACUGAGCUACAGGGGACUUUACAUAUUAGUAAAGACAAGAUUCAAUUGAGAAUAGUCUGAUGGUUGAAAAUAUGACCACUUGAUGAGAGAACAGUGUGCAGCCUGAGGCAAGGAACAGAGCACAAGCGUUUUUUGUAAUUUUCUCAAAUCAUCAAUAGCCUAUAGUCGCAUCAUGCAGCCCAUAUAUGUUCUGAUUUCUAAGACAUUCUAAGGUUUGUAUCAUUCACAACUAAAGUUGCCAUAUAACUCUAAAUCUAGUGUAUAUAGGACCUGUUUCAAAUGAUCACUUUUACGCUCAACAUAGCCACUUCAUAUGCGCACUCACUCCGGAAUGGGGAAAAAUAUCCUUUCUAUUUUAUUCAGCUAUUAUCAAUUAUAUUCUUCUUACUAUAAAAUCAUAUAAUAUAAAAUAAUGGCAUGGACUUAUAAGCAUAUCUUAUCUGCUAAAUGAACAAGCCUACAGCCUAUGGCAUGGCGCAUAGCCAGAUAACAUACAUUAGGCCGAUUCCUAUUCUGUUAUUCUGAAAUAUAUUUUCUUCAUAUCAUAAUGUUCUUUAGACCUGACUACAAUAAAUAAUGGAUUUAUUGCGAUGGUGUAUAUUAAAUUGAUUUAUUAUACUUUUUAAAAUGUAGAUGUUCAAAAGGCGCGCAUCAGCGGCUUGUAUGCGUGAAGGCCUGGAGAUGCUAAACGUGUUUAUGUUCAUUAACAGUCAAUUACAGUGGACAGGAUGGACAGGAGACUAGGAAAGGAUUCUAGGAAACAAGGAAAGAAUGCAAUAUGAGCAACAUGGGAGUUUGUCACUAUAUGUCGAAAUACUUUAUAAUCCUUCUCUCUCUCCCAAGGAGGUUAGACCGGAUACGUAGGGAGAUGUCAGAGGACUCUGUGCGUGUGCCCCCCUCUCUACACCUCCCCUUGCCCCCUACCCCUCCUCCCUGGGACCUGGAGGCACCCCCCUCCUACGACUCUGUCAUGAAGAGCCGGGGUCCUUCUGACCUCUGAGGGCUAGGAUGGGACUACUGUUCUGUGUCUAUGGACUAUUCCCUUGCUGCCAUUACACAAUGAGCUAAAUCAAGCACACUUGUGCUGGGAGAGACAUUGUUCUGGAAUGGAGGGGAUCGCAGAGGCUGUAAGGGGUUGAGCCCACCGACAUUGUUUACAUACUUGUUUGAAGGAGUGUCUUAUAAUGCUACUAUUAAGACUACUAAAGCGUAAUACACUGUGCUCCUAUAGCCAUUUGUUGUUGUUGCUGUCACUUUUUACCAUAAGACCGCCCAGCAGCCAUAUAUUUUGACUUUGUGGCAUCGUGCUACACCAGGCGACGAGCCCAGCACCCCGCCAGCACUAAGCCUUCACUACCAGUCUCAAUGGAGAACCCAGCCUUUAAAACCCCAAUCUGACUUUCUUGCGGCCUUGGACUCCAUUAGCUGUGUGUGCUGUGAAUGUUGAGGGAGUUAAGUCUCAUUCCCUAGUGUGAGUGAGAAGGUGUGUUUGUGUGUGUGUAUGUGGGAGUGAGUGCAUGUGUGUGCAUGCGAUAGAGCAAGUGUGUGUGUGUGCUUCUGUGGUCUUGUAUGCACCACUGAUUCUCUUUUUUGACAAUGUAAUAACAUCAGGACAGAGAUGAUUUCAACCAGAAGUGCCUUGUUGUUACAGUAGUAGAUGCUUGUUGUAACAGUUUUUUUUAUCUCUCUCUCUCUCUC